CUCUCUCUCUCCUUCAGGAAUAUGGAGCUACUUCCAGAAGACUCUGGUGAAGAAGUAUGCCAUGGAGAGAAAUGGGCUCAACUUGAUCUGUGGGCCCAUAUUUGACUACGACUACGAUGGCCUGAGAGACUCGGCAGAGAAAAUUAAACAGUAUGGAAGUGGUUCAGGGCCCAUUCCAACCCACUACUACUGUGUGAUAACCAGUUGCCUGGACUUCACCCAGGCUGAGGACAUCUGUACUGGACCUCUUAGCAGCUCUGCCUUCAUCCUACCACACCGCUCAGACAACGACGAGAGCUGCAGUAGCUCUGAGGACGAGUCUAAGUGGGUGGAGGAUCUGAUGAAGCUGCACACGGCCCGGGUCCGAGACGUGGAGAUCCUCACGGGCCUGGACUUCUACCGUCGGACGAGCCGGAGUUACCCUGAAAUCCUCUCACUGAAGACUCACAUGCACACGUAUGAGAGCGAGAUCUAAACCACUGUCUCCCUACCUUCUCCUGUCUCCCUACCUUCUCCUGUCUCCCUACCCUCUCCUGUCUCCCUACCCUCUCCUGUCUCCCUACCCUCUCCUGUCUCCCUACCCUCUCCUGUCUCCCUACCCUCUCCUGUCUCCCUACCCUCUCCUGUCUACCUACCCUCUCCUGUCUCCCUACCCUCUCCUGCCUCCCUACCCUCUCCUGCCUCCCUACCCUCUCCUGUCUACCCUCUCCUGUCUCUCUCUCCUCUCCUGUCUCCCUACCCUCUCCUGUCUCCCUACCCUCUCCUGUCUCCCUACCCUCUCCUGUGUCCACCACAGCUCCGAUGGUCUGGUGUAUAUUUUUUAAUAUGUCGUUUUGUUUUUUUCCACAUGUAUUAUUCUAAAAGUUUAUUCAUGGCUGUUUUGUUCCUCUGUAAUGUAACACAUUUCCUGUCCCUCUUUAUUUUUUAUUUUUUUUGAUGAUUAACAAGCAUGAAUUUAAUUAUUUGUUGUUACUUGUAUUGAUAAUGUGGUGUGUUGUUGUAUGUGUGUGUUGUUGUAUGUGUGUGUGUUGUAUGUGUGUGUGUGUGUGUUGUAUGUGUGUGUGCUGUAUGUAUGUGUGUGUUGUUGUAUGUGUGUGUGUUGUUGUAUUUAUGUGUGUGUGUGUGUGUGUGUUGUUGUAUGUGUGUGUGCUGUAUGUGUGUGUGUGUUGUUGUAUGUGUGUGUUGUUGUAUGUGUGUGUGUUGUAUGUGUGUGUGUGUGUGUUGUAUGUGUGUGUGCUGUAUGUAUGUGUGUGUUGUUGUAUGUGUGUGUGUUGUUGUAUGUAUGUGUAUGUAUGUGUGUUGUGUGUGUGUGUGUGUGUUGUUGUAUGUAUGUAUGUGUGUGUUGUUGUAUGUAUGUGUGUGUUGUUGUAUGUAUGUGUGUGUGUGUUGUAUGUGUGUGUGUUGUUGUAUGUAUGUGUGUGUAUGUGUGUUGUGUGUGUGUGUGUUGUUGUAUGUAUGUGUGUGUUGUUGUAUGUAUGUGUGUGUUGUUGUAUGUAUGUGUGUGUUGUUGUAUGUGUGUGUGUUGUUGUAUGUAUGUGUGUGUUGUUGUAUGUAUGUGUGUGUUGUUGUAUGUAUGUGUGUGUUGUUGUAUGUAUGUGUGUGUUGUUGUAUGUAUGUGUGUGUUGUUGUAUGUGUGUGUGUGUGUAUGUGGUGUUUCUGAUGAAUGUCUUGCUGGUGAUGGCUGAGACUACUGUGUUAAUAGUAAUCAGCUCUGUCUGUCUGUACUGUGAACAAUAAUAACAGUGAACCUGUAGUGGUGACAUCCUUUUAAAUAUGUACCGGACACCUGUGUGAUCCACUUAUUUAUGCCUGAUGUUUUAAUCCAAUAAACCUUUUUUGUACGA